GCUGCGGCGGCGUCUUCGCUGCGCGCCUGCGCAGGUAUGGAGCAGGAGGGUCGUCGGCGCCCCAGCUUAGCUCCUGGGCUGGCCUCAGCGAUCCCCGAGCCGCUGCAGAAGCCACGUCCAGGAGCGGCAAUGCGGGAUCCGGGGUUCAUUGCGGUCCGAGCCCGCAGCUUCCUGUUCCGUGUCUACUUGGUGGGCUUUUUGGACUUGUUUGGUGUCAGCAUGGUUGUCCCUGUACUGAGCCUUCAUGCCAAGUCCCUUGGUGCCAGCCCCAUCGUUGCAGGAAUAAUAGGCUCCUCCUAUGGCAUUUUACAACUCUUUUCUAGCACAUUUAUGGGCUGCUGGAGUGAUGUAGUUGGAAGACGAGUCUCCUUGUUGGUGUGCAUUUUGUUCAGUGCCCUGGGGUAUCUUCUUCUUGGAGUUUCUACCAAUGUCUUCCUGCUUGCCCUGGCUAGAGUCCCUGUGGGGAUUUUUAAACACACACUCUCCAUCUCCAGGGCUCUCCUUUCUGAUCUGGUUGCAGAGAAGGAGCGGCCACUUGUGCUGGGGCAGUUCAAUACAGCUUCUAGCAUGGGCUUCAUCUUGGGCCCCAUGGUUGGUGGAUAUCUCACUGAAUUAGAUGGUGGAUUCUAUCUUACAGCCUUCACCUGUUUCUCAGUCUUCCUUCUCAAUGCUGGUCUCGUUUGGUUAUUGCCUUGGAGUGAAACAAAACUCAACAGUUCAACGAAUGGCCUGAGAAUGAAUAAGGAACACACACUGUUGGGAAAGAUAUUACAAGGAACAGCCACCAUCCCAAUGGCCACCAAGAAUGAACAGCCUGCUAAGCAGCCCCGGCUUCAAGUCCCGUCAGUCUUGCAGGACAUACGGAGUCUGCUGUUUUCUGAAAUGUGGCACAUAUUUCUCGUGCGCUUGCUCAUGGGUGUGGCAGUCAUGCUGUACUAUAGUAACUAUGUCUUGGCCCUGGAAGAUCGCUUUGGGGUGCAGCCCAAGACCACAGGAUACCUCAUCAGUUAUAGCAGCGCCCUGGGGGCUCUGGCUGGAUUCACCCUGGGGCCCAUCCUGAGUCUGUACAAGCACAACUCACACAGGGUCCUGCUCCACUCGAGUACUCUCACCUGUAUGCUGUUGCUACUCUACGCCACGGCCCACACCAUGGCUGUGGUUGUCUUCUCCUCCACGCUUCUGUCUUUCUCCACCACCAUCGGCAGGACCUGUGUCACCGAUCUCCAGUUGAGCAUGAGUGGCACCCAGGCCAGUGGCACUGUCAUCGGCUUGGGGCAGUCUGUGACAGCUGUAGCCAGAAUCAUUGCUCCUCUUCUCUCAGGAGUGGCCCAGGUAGUCAGCCCCUGUGGUCCCCCCAUCCUAGGGGGUGUCUUAGCCAUGGUGGCAAUUUUCUUAAUGUCACUAAAUACACCUCACUGUAGUGGUGACAGGAGUGGUAAAUUAAAGCAUGAGUAGGAUGGAUAGGGACAGCAUAAAGAAACCAAGUUGGAAGUGUGGAAAUCAGGGACAAAGGCCAUAACUACAAGAGCAUUUCAGAAAGAGUGGGUGGAAACAGUGCCCCGGAGGGUGUGCUCAGCCCUCAGCUGUGCAGUUAUGCCUGUGGGACCAUCAACAGUGACAGUGACCCAUAGAAAAGUCACAAUUAGAGCAGCUUUACUAGCAGGGACCAUAUUUAUGAUUUACCUAAAAGGCCCUUCCUCUUGUCCGAGCCACCAAAGGGAAGAAAGCUGCCAUCAAAAAGAGAGAGAAAUGGUGGAAUGACAAGCCAUGAUAUGUAGAAGGAGAGAAGAAGUAAAAUGUUGUUUAAAAUAAUA